AUGAACUCAUCAAAUGCAGAGAAAAGAAAUGGUCGUUUCCUCGACUGUAACAAUGGCCAGCCACUCAGCGAUCUCUACAUACAGAAACGGUUCAAACAUCUCAACCAACAGACAUCAUCAGACAACGUGUAUUCGAGUCGGCAUCCCACGUUCAGUGUUUCUGCAGAGAAUCAUAAUGGCCGGUUUCUGCCGAAUACAAACGGAAAGACUCGACAAUAUGACGGUUAUCCCGCGUAUACGGAAACUGGAUUGCCGGAGUUGGAGUGCGACCUUUUAUCAGUGGAAGAAUCGUUCGAGCUGAUGAAUCACAUCACGUCCAUCCUCGAUGAGUGGAAGAUGAAAAACACUACACCGAGUACGGAACCAGGCACCGACAAGUUGCCUGGCAUCAGAGCUGAGAGGCGACCAUGUUUGUUUGUUCAGAAUCCAGGACAUUUUCCAGAUCUGGAGCCUCCAUUUGUAGAAAAUGCAAUAAAUAUCCCGACAUCACCGUCGAGUCGACUGCAACAGAAUUGUGUGGACUUUGUUGGAAGUCAGCAAUGUGGAAUGCUGAAUGCCGAUACUGAAAACGUAAAGCUUUCCACCAUACGACUACACUCCAACGACGAGGCAAGUUCUGAUGCCACUGUCAAAGCAACGGCGCCCAAACACACUGCCAACCCGAUAUCAUGGGAUCAAGAUAUGCCGAUUCAAGGAAAAGCUUUGGCGAGUCCUUUGUUUCAGAACAACUCGCAAAGAGCGACGUACGUGUCCAAUCAGAAAGGGCACACCAGACAAGACAUUUCCAAUCCGUGUAGUACAUCGAACACUCCCCAGCCACCACGGACUGCGCAGAAAUCACCACGCACACCAGUGGCAGAAGGGCACUUCUUUGGAAGUGGGUACAAGGAUCACAUGGCAACGAAUCAAUAUACAGAUCACCUCAUAGCAAUUCAACAGCAGAUCGCAUCCAUGACGCCAGUCCGUGAAGACUCAGCCGUUGACACACUGGACGAUGACGGCUUGUUCGAAGGUUGUUACGAGAAGGAACUUCUUCUCGACCUGUUCAAGGAAUUGACCGAGGACCUCAAACAAGCGAACGCUGAGCAGAGCUGCUUUUCCGCGCAUGGAGGACUGGAGGAUAUCAACAUGGAUGACUUCGCAGCACUACUCAAUAGAUCAGCCACUGAUGUGGUGUGCCAAGACAUAGGGCAAAACACACAGAACAAGAUGGAGAGUACAUAUCUACAAUCGGCUUAUCUUGUGGGUGCUGGAGCUGUCACUGUGAUAGGUAUAGCUGCAGCAAGGUACUACAUGGCACACAAGAUCCAACCCCUAGUACCAAUUGUCCCGCUUGAAAAUCAGUCCAGAGAGCUGGAGGACGGGUCUCGAGUGGCCGCGUUUAUAACGAACGACUCUCCGCUGAUGGAGUAUCUCUAUGAUGACGUCAGAACUCUCCACGAGGCAUUUCUCAGAGGCAUGCGAGUCUCGAAAAACGGAAAUUGUCUCGGAGCAAGGACCGGACCUAAUAAGGAAUACCAAUGGUUGUCAUACAGAGAGGUUUAUGACAAAGCACACGCUUUUGGUUCGGGUUUGAUCAAUUUAGGUUUGUCAGCGGGAAACAAAACUUAUGUAGCUAUUUACAGCACAAAUAGAAUAGAGUGGACUGUAGCGGAGCAGGCCCACCACAUGUUUUCUCUCGUCACCGUUGCCCUGUACGCUUCGCUGGGCUCGGACGCUUGCAGAUACGUCAUAGAUCAGACUCAACUGUCUACCGUGAUCUGUGACGUUCCAGAGAAGAUUCAAUCCUUACUGAACGUGGCUGACAAACUUCCCAAACUCAAACGAAUCAUCCAUAUUGAACCUGCAUCGAAGGAAAACAUAAAAACCGCCAAAACGAGGAACAUCCAACUAAUAUCGUUUUCCGCUGUCGAGGAAUUGGGCAGACUGAAGCCUCAGCAAACGUUGUUACCGACAGCAGAGGACCUGGCUUGCAUUUCCUACACAAGCGGUUCUACAGGGGAUCCAAAAGGUGUUUUGUCCACCCAUGGUAACAUAAUUGCUGGUAUCUCCUCUGUCCUGUUUCACCUCAAGGGUGCUGUUGACGUGACUCCAGACGAUGUGCACAUAUCGUAUCUACCACUAGCUCACGUCUAUGAACACGGGAUGCAGAUUCUCGUGUUCAUGGAAGGGGCACAGAUUGGUUUCUUCCAAGGCAGCAUCGUGUUAUUAGCAAGUGACCUACAGGCUCUGAAGCCAACCAUUUUCUCUACAGUUCCACGUCUGCUAAACCGGACGUACAACAAAGUGAUGGCCACUGUACAGGGUAAUAAGGUGAAAUCCAUGUUGCUUCGGUGGGGAGUCCACAGCAAACUGGCCGACUUGCGCAGAGGCAUCAUUAGAAGGGAUACGAUUUGGGACAGACUGAUGUUCGGGAAAAUCCAGGAGAUGUAUGGUGGGCGUGUCAGACUCGUCAUGACAGGCUCCGCCCCGUUAUCCGUGGACGUUCUCAACUUCAUCAGAGCAGCAUUCGGUUGUCUGGUGUCGGAAGGGUACGGACAGACCGAAACGAUGGGUGGCAUCACAUUUACUAUUUCAGGCGAAUACGAAUCAGGUCACUGCGGACCUCCAAUGGCAUGGGCGAAGGUGAAGCUCACUGAUGUUCCAGAAAUGGAUUAUUACGCUAAAGAUGGACGUGGAGAGAUCUGCUGUAAAGGACGGUGUGUCUUCCAAGGAUACUUCAAGAAUGAACAAAAGACUGCCGACGUUUUUGAUGAGGAUGGAUGGAUGCGCACCGGAGACAUUGGGGAAUGGCUGCCGAAUGGCACAUUGCGAAUUAUUGACAGAAAAAAAAACAUCUUCAAACUUUCACAGGGCGAGUACAUUGCAGUUGAGAAGAUUGAGAAUAUUUAUAUGCGCAGUCAGUUCAUAGCUCAGUGUUACAUAGAUGGAAACAGUCUGCAAUCGUGUGUGAUGGGAAUAGUCACAUUGGACAAAGAGCAUUGCCUGGAAUGGGCCAAGAAUAACGGAUUCCCCGAAUCCAUGGAACGCAUUUCCCAAAGUGAGGAAUUCAAAGCAGCUGUUCUUCGUGAUCUACACAGACUCGGGAAGGAGGGUGAUCUUAAAGGAUUUGAACAAGUUAAAGACAUUCACAUCCACCCAGAACAGUUCUCCAUAGAGAAUGGCUUGCUUACGCCGUCGUUAAAAAAUAAACGACAUUUGCUGAAAAAGAUGUUCCAGUCUCGUAUAGAAGAGUUGUACCGACAACACUCGGCGUGAUGGAGGCUGAUGCCCGAUCGCGAG